GGAGGACUUGACAAAGAGAUGAAGCUCAAGUCAAGUCAAUCGUCGACCAUUUUCAGCUUUGGGGGAUGAUAAUAAAAGCAAUGGCUUUGGAUACAGCGGAGCUGGAGCCGGCCGGCCUUGUUUGGUACUGGGUUUACUAAAAGGAGAAACCUUUUGCAGUCUCCAUGCUCUCAUCAUCUUCAGGUAGAAGGGUGUGAAGGUUUGGCGGGGCUUAAAUUUCUAUUCCUCAUCGGAGUCUAAUUUCAGCGUACUGGAGCAGCUUGUCAAAUCUACCUUGACAGUUCAGGUUUUAAAACCUUAAAGCUGAUAUUUGAUGAUGACAAAAUCAUUAGGUAGCAAGAAUGGAGGCCUAUUGAGGCUAGUGGAGGAAAGAUCAUUGAGCAAGAAAACAGAGGAAGAGAAAAAACACCCACAAGAAACACAUAUCCCUUAUCUCCCUAAAGAUUGUAUAUCAAGCAUCCUUGUACGACUUCCUGUUGAAUCUCUUCAGAGGUCAAGUUUUGUGUGCAAGCCUUGGUAUAGCAUGAUUAAAAAUCCCAAAUUCAUCGAUGCUCAUCUCAAGCGAUCUGAAUCUGUUUUAAUUUUUCUAUUGCCAAUAAGGAAAGGAAGACCAUAUUCUUCUUCCAUGGCAUCUGCUCCAGAAGAGAAUCCAAACACUUUCUCAGUUGAAUCAAAGCUUCUACCGUCAAAUUGUAUCCCCACUUUCAGUAACUCGGCCCUAAACUCUACAAAAUUUUUAGUUCAGUUUCUUGCAAUUAAAAAUGGCAAGGCGGAGAUAGGAGGGUAUGGUUUAAGUUGCUUGGGUAAUAUCAGAGCUACCUGCAAUGGUUUAAUUUUGCUUGAUAACAAAGUUAAGAAGGGAGGACUGAUAGUCUUGAAUCCUGUGACCAGGAAGCUGAUUGCACUUCCUCUGGGUACCUUACAACCUCCAUAUAAUGAAUCCUAUGGUUUUGCAUUGAGUGAUGUCACCGGUGAAUAUAAAAUAGUCCAUUUGUUUCGGGAUGAGUUGGGGUUUGUCAGCUGUGAGAUUUUGAGUCUUCGGAAAAAAGCAUGGAGAGAGGUUAAUGGUCCUGCAUUUGGGCUCUUUGGUUGGUUCGGAUAUGAACCUGUUUCAGCAAUUGGAGCUUUGCACUGGAUUCCUCAGGUUGAUCAGAGCGAUUACAUUGUUUCUGUGGAAGUCCACAAGGAGAGAUUUCACCAAAUACCGCUCCCCAAAAGUUGCAGAACUCAUGACAGGAUUAUUGAAAUGGGAGGCGCAUUGGGUUUUGUCACUCAUGAGGAUAUAAACCGCAUUGACAUCUGGAUUUUGAAGGGUUUCUGUGGGGAAAUCUGGACAAAGAAUCACAGCAUUACAGUGGGUUCCAUUAUAGACAUGAUUCCUUAUUUCAGUUUAAGGAUCAAGGGAGAUAUUAUUUUCAAGAGAGACGAAGAAGGCACGCUAUAUUCUUAUGACUUUCAGCAACAAGACUUGUCUAAGGUUGAAAUGGUAAAGGGAUGUAUGCCAACUUCAUGCCUACCUCAUGUCAAUAGCCUUGUAUCAUGGAUCGAUGAAAGUUCAGACUUGCACGAUUGACUGUCUGCUGCAUAGAUUGUGUGCUAGUUUGACGGAGUUCAAGCUAUUAGUGUUUUUCUAAAUUGUAUUAUGGUCAAUAGGUGAUAGAGUCAUAGAGAAAGUUACAGAGGCAAUAAUCUGAAUGCUUCCUAUUAGGUGAUUUGAGCCAUAAUUGCUUUGAUGAUGAACUACUGUGAAGAAACUGAUAGGUUAAGAAAGUGUCAAAUUAUCUCUUAGGAACUUGCAAAAAAUAAACUCUGCUAUAUCUUUUGUGACAUAGCUAGGAGUUUUAGUUGUACAUAGAUUCCUGCAGCUUUCAUAUUUCUAUGUAUAUAUGUGUGCUCUCUUUUCCCAAGAUCUUCUAUUUCCUCUUUUUGGUUUACUGUAUCAUUCUGUUUACAGAAAAGAAGAAAGAAAGAAAUGGAUAGUAUAUAGCAGAGGUUAGACUUU